AUGAACAACGCCUACAUUGACGCUUCGAACGGCAUGGCAAACUCGCUCCCGCGUCAGCCCCCCACUCCGGGCUCCGGCCACCAGCCCAAUGGCUCUGGCGGCAUGCCGAACCUGGUGAACGGCCUGCUGAGCGGCGGCCACCAGACCGACAUGAACCACCUGUGGCAGGUCGUGCAGCAGCUCAGCGACGUGCUGCAGGAGAACCGGAAUCAGACGGCCAACAUCAUGAACAGCGUGCAGCAGAUCCAAGCCCGCGCCGCACAAGAAGGCACCUCCCCGACCAUUGCUCAAGUCAACGGCGACCUCGCCGCAGCCACGACCCGGCAACAAGCCGCAGAACUCAACAACCUGCGCGCACAACUCCAAUCCGCGCACGCCUCCAUCGCCUCCCUCGACACGCAGAACGCGGCGCUGCGCGGGCUGGCGCAGGACUACGAGACGAGCCUGGCCCUCGUGCUGGACAAGCUGCGGCCGUACGCGCACCAGCAGCACGACGCCAUCGUCGCGCUGCACGCGCACUACAACGCCCUCCUCGAGAAGGAGCGCCAGGCCAACCUCGAGCUGCGCCUCGAGCACCAGGAGUGGCAGGCCGGCCUCGGCCGCGUCGCGCAGUAUGCGCGUCAUGCGUUGAAGGAGAGCGCGGAUGCGGGGCUUGGGUAUGAGCGCAGGAUUCGCGAGCUCAAGGCGGAAAAUCGCAUGCUGCGUCGCUUGGCGAAUUGGGAGGAGGCGAGUGAUAGUGAGGACGAUGAUGAUAGGAGGGAGGAUGAGCUGCACAUGCAUUGA